AUGGCUGAAAAACGAUUAUUUAAACGAAUAUUCAUUGGCUCUACAGUACGUGAAUCGAGAGUAAAGAAACAGUUGUUGAAGGAUAGUUUGAAUUUGGUAGGAACAAUGAGAUCGAGUUUAAAACGAAAUAAAGGUAAGACAGAUUUGCAAAACAAAAUUAAGAAUUUCUUUAAGCGAGAUGAUGUAUCGAGAACCACAGCAGGUAAGAAAGAAACAGUCACGAAAGAUAAACAUAAAGUCCAAAAGAGAUAUCUUUUGGAUAGUAUGAAGAAUCUCUAUAAAACCUUUAAGCAAGGAAAUCCAGAUAUGAGAUGUUCUUAUUUUUAUUUUACCAAAAAUCGGCGCUGGUAUAUAAAAGUACCAUCAGUCGAUGAGCGUGAGAUGUGCCUGUGCAAAAUUCAUUCCAACAUAAUGUACAAGGCAAUAGCAUUACAUGGUAAACGUAUACUGGAAACUAAAGAUUUGAGUGAAAUAAUAAUGUACACUGUUUGUGAUUCUACGAAUAAGGACUGCAUGUAUGGAUCUUGUCAUGAAUGUAAAAGAAAGAACCUUAACUAUGACAAAACAAAGAUUAAAGCCUGCUGCAAUUUGGGCGCAUUUGCAUCCUAUCUUGCCGGCCACGGCAAAGGACCCGCUGACGGCAUUGGUGGUUUUUUAAAACGAACAGCAGACGGUAUUGUUGCCAGAGGGAAGGACAUUUCAAAUAUUGAACAAUUCGUUAGUGCUUUGCAGGGAACGAGCAAGAUUAUACUGUAUGUAAUAACUAAAGAAGAUAUCGAAAAUAUUUCAAAAGAGCUUCCAAGAAACAUUACAAGAUUACAAGGUACUUUGCACAUGCACCAAGUGUUCACUUCCAAAUACGGUGAAUUAAUGCAUCGUACGUUGAGUUGUUUUUGCGAACGGGGAUUUUGCAAGUGUUUAGAACCUAAAAUUUACCAUCCUGUUCCUCUGGUAUCAACAACAACUGCUGAUGCAUCAGUCGACAAUGAUACUGCGAUGGUGAUUCCUUCAUCUCCUACGGAUACAGCAGAUGCUAGUGGUGCAUGUGGUGAUAAUAAUAUCGUUAACACUCUUUCGUCUUCUAUGUCUUCUGACGAUGAUGUAUCUCUUAACAGAAUCAAAUCGAGGUGUUCCGGAGCUACAGUAACUACUGCUAGCAAAGCACUAGCAGAAAUAAACUACACAGACUUAGCCAAGGACGCGGGUAAACGAGGAGCUGUUUACGAUAUGGUUUACGGUUCCAUAGACGCAUCUAAUGAAGAAAAUCAGCCUACGACUUCUGGGAAUAAUAAAAUGCUGCCAAGUAACGGAGAUUUCCUUUUAGUAAGCGUCCACGCUGGUAAGAAUAAAACUUAUACUUACGCAAGCCUUGCACAAAGUGAUCUCGAAGACGAUGGCGAGAUUAAAGUGAUAUUUCUCCGGGCAUACAAGGGUGCAACUAAGUUUAAAUUAGACGAAAACGAUAUAGCGUUUGUUGAAUUUAAUGAUAUUAUAAAAAUUCUCCCUAAACCAAAACAAAUAAUUAAGAACGGAAAAGUCUAUUAUAAUUUUCAAGAACAAUUAGACAUUAACGAAAAAUAA